AUGCGCGGCGUCGAGAUGGUAGGCGUCGCGGUUAAUGAGGGAUACAUGUUGCACGUGUGCCAGGUGGCUGUGCUUAGAGCGGGGAAGACCUUCGUGCCAAUAUCGAUAGAAGAAGGAGGUCGGCGAAGGUUGAAUGCGGUGUGCGAGUUGUGCGAGUUUGCGUCUGUCGUGGUUAGGGAUUGGACGCAUAAGGAAGCUUUGCUUGAAAUGUUAGAUGCGUCGAAAAGGAGGUGGAUGGAAGACAGGGUCGUCGUUGCGGAUGAAGCGGUCGUUAGCUCGGACGAACGAAGAAGGGCUCCACUCAUAUCAUCAUUGGUAGAAAGAAAGGAAACAUUCGUUUCGCACGUGUUUUUUACGAGUGGUUCGACCGGCGCCCCUAAAGGCUGUGUCGUCUCGGAGAAGGCGCUGUUUUCAUACUGCACGGCGAGAAACGAUAAACUGAAGAUUACAGAGACGAGUCGCGUUUUCAUGGCGUCUUCUUCUACCUUUGAUCCGAGUUAUGGCGAUGCUUUAAGCUGUUUCAUCGCCGGUGGCACUUUGCACGUUGGGAAUACGAAAACGGCGACGUUUGAACAUUUAGGUGUAUUACUCGGAAGAUCUCAGGCGAAUUUUUGCGCGUUGACGCCGUCGCUAGCCUCGACGAUUUCGGAUGCAGAUUUGCAAGCGAUUGAGAACCCGUUGCUCAUUACGUUAGGUGGCGAACGCGCGAGCACAAAACUUCUCGAAAAACUUCUCGAUGUAAAGAAUAUUAAAGUUGCAAACACAUACGGGGUGACAGAAUGUACGGUGUAUCAAACCUUUGGGUUGAUGCGUGACGCUUCAGAUUCAAAGAAAAUUGGCAAACCACUUGACGGUGUUUCUAUCGUUCUCGCUCGCGACGACUUGAACAAAAUAUUGGAUCCAAAUCUCGAUCGUGGAAAGAUCGGAGAGAUUUAUGUAAGCGGCGAUCAAGUCGGCGAAGGCUAUUUUAAAGCCGAAGAGCUCACUCGCGAGAGAUUUAUUACGCUGAACGAUGCGCGAUACUUUCGAACGGGUGAUUUUGCAAAAUACGACGAAGAGUCUGAGGAGUGCGAAUUAGUUUUCCUAGGACGGAAAGACUCACAAGUAAAAAUAAAUGGCGUUCGCAUUGAACUCGAGGAGGUUGAAAGCCUAGCGAUGGAGGCAUGCGAGCGAUUCGUGAGUGCCAUCGCGGCGUGCGCUUUUUCAAAAUCUGAGCUGGUCUUAUUUUGCUGCGUUCCAGAAACCUCUUUUGAAGGCUUAGUGUCGAUUAAACCAGACCUCGUCGAUGCCAUACGGUGGUGCAUCUCGAAGACCUUACCGAAAUUUAUGUGGCCGAAACAGAUUUUCAUCCUGGACGAACCCAAUUUGCCGCUCUCUGCGAACGGCAAAAUUGAUCGGCGUUUGCUUCUUUCUGAGGAAUAUAUGGGGAUGCUCAUAGCGGAGAAAAUGACAAAUCUACGCGUUGGUGAAGAAGAUGAAAACGAUCUUUGUCUCGAGACUCCGCUCGAUUUUGCCAUUGCAGACGCGUGGCGAUUGGCUUUGAAUCUUGAUGCAAGCGACGGCAAAUCUGUCUUGCGUUUGAACUCUAAUUUUCUCUUUAUGGGUGGUGAUUCGUUGGGUGCAUUGAGCGCCGUUCGGAAGCUGAGAGAAACUCUCAGCCAAAUCCCAACUAUAUCAUCAAGUGGAAUGGAAGGUAUUGGAAUCUUUGGCGAAGAUUUCGGCGCGCUGAGCCCGCACGAACUUUUGCAAAGACCGGUUUUGCUGACGUUCGCUUCGCAUCUCGCCUCGACGCUAAAUUUGCCAAAAUCGUGGACGGAACGAAAAGGAGGAAUAUCAGAGAAACGAGACUCGACAGUCGUCGAAGCACGUUCUGAAUACGAAUUAUCGCUCAUACGUUUGCUCGUAAAAUCAAAUCAGUUCAAAGCAAUCGAGGCGAUUUUGAAAGUUUACGAGAGCGAGGAGCGCUCUCCUCCUCGCGACGACGCGGCGGUAUGUCUCGCGUGUCAACACGGUCACACCGAGUCCCUCGACAUUCUGAUAAAAAUGAGUGUCUUUGAAUCAGAGUUGGAACACUGCCGAGGUGCACGAAAUGCAAAUUUGCUCCACUGCGCAGCUCGAAACCCGGCAAAAGCGGGAAAAGUGCACGCGAUACUCGCAAAAAAUUGCUCUGAAUCCGUGUUGGCAAAACUCAUGCAAAGCAAAGACGACGACGGUCAAAUUCCAUUACACGCCCUCGCAAGAUUUGGUGCGAGUCGCUCGCUCAUAAACGACUUUCUUUUGAUUUCCAAGAAAUCAGGAAAGGAUUUGAUCAACGCGCGCGACGGAUUUGAAAGGACACCUUUGCACUGGGCGUCUGUAAACGGAAACAAAAACACGCUUUGUGCGCUUCUCGAGUUUGGAGCAGACAAGUCUUUGAAAGAUGGAAAUGGUGAAACAUCAUUAGACGCAGCUGAGCGCAGGGCUUUAUGCGCAUCGAGCGAACGCAUUCCAGGUGAACGUCCGAGCAAAUGGGCGGACAUUGCCACCGUCCUUGGCGGUUCCGGCAGCACGAAACACCUCAAGGGAAAGAAGUAA